AUGCUCUUCACAGGAUCGGGCGAGGCUUUUAACGUCGGAGAAUUUCUCGAAUCUAUCUCGCCCUACGCGUGGGCGGACACAGGCAUCGCCCUCUGCAUCGGUCUUUCUGUUGUAGGCGCGGCAUGGGCGUCAACAUCUAGGGGCAUCUUCAUCACCGGCUCCUCCAUUCUCGGCGCGGGCGUUAAGGCGCCGCGGGUACGAACCAAGAACUUGAUCUCCAUUAUCUUCUGCGAAGUCGUCGCCAUUUACGGCGUCAUCAUGGCCAUCGUCUUUUCCGCCCAGCUUGAGAAUGUCCAGGGUGCAACUCUGCACGACGGCAACAGUUACUACACUGGAUUCGCCCUUUUCUGGGCUGGUAUCACCGUCGGAAUGUGCAACCUGAUCUGCGGUGUCGCUGUCGGCAUCAACGGCAGUGGCGCCGCGUUGGCCGAUGCCGCCGACCCCACGCUUUUUGUCAAGAUCCUCGUCGUCGAGAUUUUUAGCUCCGUCCUCGGUCUUUUCGGUCUGAUCGUUGGUCUCCUUGUCUCCGGCAAGGCCAACGCCUUCGGCAAGGUAUAA